AUGCAGUCCCUAUAUUAUGAACUGAGAAUUAUCAUAUUUAAAUAUGUAGACACACCUAUUUCACUUAUUCUAACAGAUCGCAAAUGGUAUGCCAUAACGCAAGAUCCUUAUGCUCGUGCAGAAUGGUUAAUUUAUAAGUAUGGUAAAACCCACGCCAUAUUUCACGCGGUGAGACUUGGGAGCGACUUCAUAACAGUCGGCCUUGUUCGAAAUUUACUUGUAAGAAAUGCAAUAAUUUCUAGAUAUUUCAUACAACGUUUAUUAAUGAGUAUCGGAUCUGAAGUUUGUACCUUUUCCACCCGUCCUAAAUUUAUUUACGAAGAUACCAUAGAAUAUCAUAUUCAAUUAAUACAAGACAGAUCUCAAGACGAUUACCCACCAAAAGAUGGUUACGAAAAUAGUCGUCAACUAAAUGUUAUUGCUAGAGCAAUAUUAAUUUAUCCUGAUUUAGUUUAUAUGUGGAAAGAAAUUGGGUAUUACGAAAUUUGCAGUGAUGUUAACGAUCUCGUGAUGCAAGGCGCUUUUUUAACUUUAUUUCCUCCUACUCCACCCACUAAUUGGAUAAUUCCUGACAUUGAUUUCGUUGUAACCCGUUUAAGACAACUACUUGCUGUUGGAUUUCAAUUAACAAGAGUUGUUAUGGAAGAAACGUUUCAUUUAUUUAAACUUAGAUUAAAUGAAAUUGGAGAUCUUUUGAUAAGUUCGUUUCAAGUAAUUCGUAAUGAAUCAAAAUUCGCUAUUGUUCGUUCUUGUCUAAUUAAAACCUUAAAACCCGAAAGAGAUCAUGAAAAUUUUAAUUUAUUGGAAUUCUUAAUUAAUGAAAUUGAUCAACCAGCAGAAACAGCUCUAAAAUACGUACUUAAUCAUUAUAACGUUGCGUUUAAAUAUGAUGCUAAUUCGAUUAAACUAUCAAAAAUGAGAUCAUUAUCAGUUAAUUCAAGCUUUUAUGAUUGGGUACUUAAAGAAUAUGGUCCAAACUCUAGAAUUACGCAACAAUGUUUUGAUGAUAUUUUAGAAUCAAGAAUUUGGAUAGAUUUAAAAUUACAAGAAAAUCCUGAAAGAGAUAUUCCAGAACAUCUUACUUUACAAGCUUUUAAUUCCAUUUGCUCCAUUUAUCAAAAAUAUUGUAACGAUAAAGUCCCGUUUAAAGCAAAUUAUUUUCCAUAUUUAAAAUUGGUCAAAAAUGAAGAAAUCAUCGGGCGGUUCUCGAAAAUUUUAUCAGGUUUAGAAUUAAAUAUAAAAUUACCGUAUGAUAUAAAUUACGAAUAUAACAGAUCAGAAGUUAAUAAUAAUCAAAUAAUGACUAACUAA